AAGGACUUCCGGAAAAUAGCUGACGUUUCGGAGUGUUGUGGAAUCGCCGAUCAUACAACAAUAUGAAUCGGAAUAUCAUAUCUUGUGUUUUCAAAAGAGAGGAUUAUACUUAUUCAAGAAAUAAGUUAGCGAGGGCUGACCUAGAUUUGGAAAUACAAGCAAGGCAUGAUGGCAAAGCUGAGCAAAUCUGCCCGGUUGAAACGAGCUGGGAGUGGGAAAACAACACAUAGCUUGUAGCCAGCAGUCUAUGGAGGCUAUGGGUAUGACGUGCAAUACUCGUGUUGGCUUUCACUGGCUGGUGUGGAAAUAUAUGACCCAAAAUUCGACCAGACAGUUCUGUGAACAGGAAUGGAUAUUCUCAAGUCAUUAAAUGGUGAUGGAAUUAUGAACGAUUGUGUUGUCAUUAUUCGUAAAUGAAGGAAUAUUAUCAGACUAUGAAACCGACUGAUUUGUUAAUAUUUGACAGUUACAAGAUUUAAAAAGACGCAAUGUCGUCAACGUGGAACAGUAACUCAGAGAACUCGCAUUCAGAAGCUCCGCCCUCAAAUGGUAAUAAUAACAAUGAUAAAGAUAUGGAAGAUUUACAAGAUGCGGAAGGUGUAUGGAGUCCUGAUAUAGAACAAAGUUUUCAAGAAGCAUUAGCCAUUUAUCCUCCAUGUGGGCGGAGAAAAAUUAUUCUUUCUGAUGAAGGAAAAAUGUAUGGUAGAAAUGAAUUAAUUGCCAGAUAUAUCAAAUUACGAACCGGUAAAACAAGAACAAGAAAACAAGUGUCCAGUCAUAUCCAAGUUUUAGCUCGCAGGAAAUCGAAAGAGAUCCAAGCGCAGCUUAAGGUACCGGAUGAUUCAACGCGAGACAAGGUGAUGCAACAAAUGGUUUCCAUGUCCUCUGCUCAGGUCGUUGCCACGGAUAUAGGCUUACGUUUGCCUCUCUCUAAUCUGCAGGACCAGGCAUGUCGUGACAAGGCGCUACAACAAAUGGCGUCAAUGUCAUCUGCACAGAUUGUUUCAGCUAGUGCCAUGCACAACAAAAAUCUCGCUUCCGGUCUUAGUGGGCUGUCUGGUAUGACCCCCGUUAGACCCGGGUAUCCGGGAGCUCCCCCGUUUUGGCAGCCGGGUUUAACAGCCCAAGGAGAUGUUAAACCAUUUGGUUCUCCUGGUUAUGGCCUAGAGUCUAAAUUACCUUCAGCAAUCCCAGGGGAGAUGACCCCAGCAUGGCAAGGUCGUUCAAUAGCUGGACCAAAAUUACGCCUCGGUGAAUUCUCUGCAUUUUUAGAACAACAGAGAGAUCCAGAUUCUUAUCAUAAACAUUUGUUUGUCCAUAUUCAGUCUAAUCCAACAUACAACGACCCUCUUCUAGAGUCUGUUGAUAUACGACAGAUUUAUGAUAAAUUUCCUGAAAAGAAAGGAGGUUUAAAGGAAUUAUAUGAUAAAGGUCCACAAACAGCAUUUUUCCUUGUCAAAUUCUGGGGGGAUAUCAAUACCAAUGUUCAAGAUGAAGCUGGUGCAUUUUAUGGAGUAACAAGCCAGUAUGAAAGUAGUGAGAAUAUGACAAUACAGGUUUCUACCAAGGUGUGUUCAUUUGGUAAACAGGUUGUAGAGAAAGUUGAGACUGAAUAUGCACGUUUUGAGAAUGGUCGGUUUAUGUAUCGUAUUCAUCGUUCUCCUAUGUGUGAAUAUAUGAUUAACUUUAUUCACAAAUUAAAACAUCUACCAGAAAAGUACAUGAUGAACAGUGUUCUUGAAAACUUUACAAUUCUACAGGUUAUUACAAAUAGAGACACACAGGAAACGCUGAUCUGUAUUGCCUUCGUGUUUGAAGUAUCAACUAGUGAACACGGAGCACAACAUCACACUUAUAAACUAGUGAAAGACUGAACACGCUUCACUAUAGACAAUUACAUAGACUCAUGGGAGACCACUCUUAACGCAUGUUUUGAAAAGGAAGAUGACUCUCAUCGAAUGUGCUUUUAAAGGGAAGUAACUCUAAUAUCCUUGUUCAUGAAGGAUAUAAGGAUAAAAUGUGCUAAAGAUAAAAAAACACCUUUACCAGCCACCUUUUUAUAUACAAAGCAAUAGAAGACUUUAUUAGAUGUGAACAAACAUUAAAUGUUCAAACUUAAAGUGUUCAGUUGUUGAUGAAGAUUGUGGAGGAAGCACGGACAUUGUAACAUUGUGUGUCAUAUUAUAAACAAAGCAAAAGAAAUCAACAUUGUUCUGUUAAAGAUCUCCAGUCAUUAUAUUACCAUGCUUCAUUAUACAUUUGUUAGUGCUUGGAAAUUUAAUUUCCUUUUAUAUUAUUAUUAUAUUUUUUUUUUUAAAUUCUUUGAAGAACUUUGCAUAAAAUUGGCAAUAAGUUUCUUUGAAAAAUUUCUUUUCGUAGUUGUUGGGUUUUUGUAUAAAAAAAUGUUUGUGCUGUAGAAACCCUGAUAUAGAAAAUUGUAGAGUUUUUAUUUGUAGUUAUCUUCUGUUUGUGUGAUUAGAAAGUAAACCAGUAUGGUCUAAUCUUAGUAUUUUACACAUUUUUAUCUUCUGUCUUUUAUUUUUUUAAAUAUUUCUGAUUCGAUCUUGACAUCAAUUUCUUAAAACAAUAACGCUUUCUUCUAGUGACGUUUUUGGCCAAACGCAUGUUCUUUAGAUCAUGUUGUCUGUCAUCGAGUGAAGUGGCAUGGUUUCAAUUCCAAACUUGUACGUGACGAGGCGUAGUGUCACUUGAACAACCUUGUGGGUUUUCUCCAGUUAUCGCCCCCGAUAAAGAGUACCUACUACCACCUACGUGCGAUCAAAUAAUUAAAAUAAAAUUGUAGCAAAUGUUAGUCCAAAAUGACUUAGUUUGUGUCUAGCGGACAUUAAACCCCAUUUAUUUCACUCGUAAUUUAUUCAGAGCAUCAUUGUUAUUUUAAGAAAUUAAAGAAAGAUGGACAUGUGUAAAGUAAUAAGACUGUUUUUAGUCAUAUCUUUUGUACUUGCCGGUUUAUUUGUUAUUGAUUAUGUUUUUGUUUUCUGAAGUUAUAUAUAUUAAAAUUCAUCAUGUUAAAAGAUUUGUAAAAUUGAAGAGAAGGAAUAGCAUCAAUUUCGACAGACAUAUUAUAAAUCUUUUUAUGCACUCUCUUAAUAAUAUGUAUCUGUCAGUAUUAUAUACUAGUGAAAAAUAGUUUAAUGAAUGGAGUAGAAACAAUACCAAGAUACACCCACCCUUUAUGAAUAAAAAUGAGUACGAUAUGGACUAGGAACUGAUCAUGACGCUAUUGACGUCAUCUUGGAAUUGUGACAUCUUAUUAGAAAUCGAAGUCCACCAAUCGAUGUGCAAUUGUCCAAGGAACAAGCAUGAAAAGUUUCAUGUAGAUCAUACUUGAAUUGGCCUUGCCCCCCAAGAAGAACAACAAGAUAAGCAAUGGUCCCAAAACACCCAAAGUGAAAUAUAACUAAGUAUAUAUUAAAAUAUUAUAUAUAUCUUUCUUAAAUACAUUUUAUUUUAAAGAUUUCAGAUGCAAUAUUUUCAAAUAACUACUGUUAAGUAAUAAAUUUAUAUGUGUUUUAUUUUGAUAAGAUCAACAUAGGAAUGGUUACAUUUACUGAACAAAUUCUAGUUUUACAGUGUAUAUGUACAUGCAUGUUUUAAUUGUUAUAUUUUAUCAGAAGUUAAGAUACUGUUUUAAUUAAGAUGAUAUUGAAGAAUAUUUUUUUUAUCAAAAAUUAUAUAAUAAAUUACAUUCGUCCAAUGAUCUAAACAGUUUAUAUAAUUGUGCCUUUUUGUUCUGGAUUAAUAACAGACAGUAGAUAAAAACAUAAACUUGUAUAAUUUAUUCAAAAUACUAGGAAUUAUGAAUUAAGAGUCACUUUCAUGAAUCAUAAUUUAAUUUUAAAUUAAUUUUAUAAAUGACAUCUAGAGGUAUGCAGUAAACUAUUUACAAUGCAAAUUAUAUAUGGAUAUAACUACUUCUGUUCUUUGAUAACGACAAAACAUGAUGUGUAUGUGUUACGACAAAAUGUGACGUGUAUGUGUUAUCACAAAAUGUGACAUUAAUGUGUUACGUCAAAACAUGACUUGUUAUGUAUUACGAAACGUUGUUAUUUAAUAAUAGAGAAGUAAUUCUAUCCAUAUAUACCCUGUUUUGUGUUAUGAAUAUUUUAUAAUUAGUAAGUUAAUUCUUAAAUCUCCUCAAAUCUACUGUUACUGAUGAUAAUUCAAUGUCACUGAUCGUCAUUUGAGGGAUUUUUAAUCCUUUGCAAACUACAAUAUUGUGAAAGUUAAAUUUCUUAAAGAAAUAUCAGUCCAGGCAUAGUUUAUUUCUGUUCAGUACUGACAAAGAUAUCUAUUGAAAUUUAUCAGCAUUUUGCAAACACUGCAGAUGAUAUAUAGGAUGUGACCAUAUAGUUUUCGCUAAAAUCUUUUGAUAAAUUUUGUAAAUCUGAUUGAAUUCAAACCAGAAGGUUUAUUUACUGUUAAUAUUUUGAUGAUGUUUUCUUAACCCUUGUGGGUUCACGUUAUAUUUGCCUGAAAAACAACUAAAUUAUUUUACAAAAACAUUUUAGUGACAUUUGGAAAAGAUUUAAUAAUUCUCACAAAAUUGCUACUUUGUGUACUAUGUGAUAAAGAGGUUAAAAUGGCAAUUCACGCUUGAUACAAAAACCAUUGAAUAUCUUGAAUUCAUCAUUUAAUUUUUGGUAUUUGUAACAUGCAGCUGCUAAAAGAGAGAAUACUCUGGCAUACACAAUAUGGUAUCAGGCAGCAAACACAUUAGCAAAAUCCAUACGUUGAGUUGUUUAAGUUAGGGGUCCGUUUGGCCCCCUUGUUAUCUUCAAGCGUUGGGCCUGAUUUGCAUGUAACAGAACUCUGCAUGUGGGAAACAGAUGAAUACCGAGUUCUUCACUACGUGUAAAAAUGUAUAGGAGACAAAGUCACUAAAUUUCAGAAAGCAGUGCCGAGUAGUUUUUUACACAACACUAUAAAACAUGUGCAUGGGCUCCACGGAGACCCCACGUGCACCAACAAGGGUUAAUUAUAUGUUAAAUCACAUAUUUUAGCGUGUAUCAAGCAGUGAAAAAUUAGAUAUUGUCCUUGUUCGAUAAAUAUAAAUGACGGUCGAUAACUUUAAUAGGAUUCAUGAAAGUUGAUUCUUUGAACAACCUCUAUAAGACAUUUUACUGGGUUGUUCAAAAUUCGUUUUAUGCAGAAAAACUAUUAUUCAUUGAUGUUAAUUCUACCAAAAUAAAAUAUCUAGGAGCCUUAUUCAUGAAAACUAUAACUAAAAUAUUUUAAGAAGACAGUCUUUUCAUUGGCUAAGAGCUCAAAUUUGAACUUUAAUUUUAGUUUUUUGGCCAAUGAACAAACAGUUUUCUUAAAAUAUUUUAGUUUUAAAUUUUCAUGAACAAGGUCCAAGAUUAAUGGCUUGUACAUUGAACUGGACAAAUAUAUCAUUUACUUAACAAGUUACAGGUAAAGUAGCCAUUUUAUUAAAGAUGACUUUGUAACCGGAUCAUAUCACAUGGUCAGUAAUUUUAUGCAAAUUUAAAUAAUGGCAUUUGGUGCAUUGUUUCUAUUUUAGCAUGAUUUAAUAAUUGUAUAUAGUGUGCCUUCAUAUUUGAUCCAUCCAAUCAUUGUCCAAUCACCUCAAGCCUUUUAAAAUAUUAUUGCAAUCUGUCCAAUGGCGAAGCAGAUCCUUUACUGAUCUGUCUUAUCACACUGAAGCCUUUUUACUAAAAUUUUGACAGAACUUAAACACUUAUCUUUGAAAACUUGAAAUCAGAAUUGUUCAAUUUAAUCUUAGUCUUGCAAAAGACAGCUGCGAAAUUAUGCAAUGGGAAGAUUUUUAUACAGAUCUGUCCAUUUAUAAAUAGCCUUAUAAAAAGUGGAAUAAUUUAUAUUUAAGAAAAGACACUGGUGUCCAAUUAGAAUAAGUUGUGAUUCUAAAAAUACUUUAAAAGAUUACUUAUUUAUUCUACUUUUAUUUUAAGCACCUCUUGAUCCGAGGUUUAGAAUCAAGAAUUUAUGUAUUUGCUCAACUGAGUUUUUACUCUAAAUUAGAUCAAUUAUUUCAGAUAAGCAGAUUUCUGCCUUGAGGCCACAGUAUACCAAUUUGAUUUCUGUUCUUUGGAACACUUGUUAAAAUAUUUCUUCAAGAAAAAGACUAAUUUAAAAACCAAAAGUACCAAGACCCUGAAGAACAGAUAAUCAAAUUAGUUUGGCCUGAUGAUCACGAUUAUUUUCAAUAUGGUAAAUUUUUACAAGUUCUUCAAAUUUGAGUAAAUUCUCAGAUGCAGAGUUAUAUAUAAACACAAAACCUUCAGGAUAAUAAAUAUUUGUAUAGUUUAUAAAUAUGCAAUAAUUUUCAAAUAGAAAACAUAGUUGUUUUAUUUACCGUAAAAAUAACACAAAUAAUCUACUCUUGUUAUUUAUUUUACACCAUUAAUUGUAAAUAAAUUCAUUUUUCAUUUUAAAUAUCAGAGUUGGAAAAAAAAAUAAGUCCAUGGCCUCUUUAAGAAAAAUUGCAUAAGAUGUAAUAGGAUAUUUUAGUGUUCAGUGAAUGUUUUAUUGAAAGUUUGUACAUUUAUGUUAUGCAUCAAAUUUAAUAUUAAUACUUUUAUUAUUGCUUUACAUAUAAUUUUAAAAUUGAAUCAUAUGAGAAACCAGGAAUGAAAUAUAAUUUUUUACUUGUUACAGACUAUGUAUAAUUAAAUUUUCUUAUUGAGGUCAUGUUGUUUUUGUUUUUUAACUAUGAUAAUCAAGUUGAGAAUUUGGCAAUAGUUUUAGACAUUUUUUUUAAAAAUAUAUAUAUAUAUAUAUAUAUAUAUAAAAAUCUUGAACUGUUGUUUUAUUUUGGAUUUUUCACUUGUUCAAUUUAGAAUCAUUCAUUUUACUUGUCAAAACUUUACAUGGUAGUUAUCAUUAAAAAUAAAAUCAUAAAAUAAUUAUAUUAUAAUAUAUUAUACAUUUAUAUCAUACCUACAUAUGUACAGUAAGUUUGACCAUAAAGGCUUUUCUACUAGAUA